CUGUGCUGUGGGGAUCUCACGGAGAUAUUCCCGUUGCACUUCUACCAUGAGAUUGAGAACCAAAAAGAGGAGGCAAUAGUAUUCCCUGUGUUGAAGCACAUCCGUCUCCACGAACUACCCAAGCUGCAGCACAUCUGCGUGCUCAACAUGAAUGCUCCCAUGCUCGAAACAGUCAAGAUCAGGGGUUGCUGGAGCCUCAAGCGCCUGCCGGCUGCUGGUGACAACACCAAGCCCCCGAAGGUGGACUGCGACAAGGAUUGCUGGGACGGCCUAGAGUGGGAUGGGUUGGAGGCCAAGCACCACCCUUCCCUGUAUGAGCCGAUCCACUCGGCUUACUACAAGAAGAAGCUACCGAGAGUCUCUCUCCUGAGGUGA